UUAUUUUCUUAGCAUACAUGUUUUUUCUUAUUAUGUUCAGCAAAAACAUGUGCUAACCUUCUUUAGUUUUCAUAUGGGAGGUUCUGGACUUCUAUAGUAGUUUUAACCUUUCUUCUGUAUUACCAAACAUGGAAGGGGACAAAGCUGAAGAUCCUAAAAAAAAAUCCUAUGCUGGAAUACCAGAAGCUGAAUUUAUGGAAGAUGUUGAUAAAUAUAUGGAAGCUCCAACUAUAAGUGGAAAUGUUGAAUUAGUGCUAAAAAAAUUAGAUGAACAGCACAGCAAAUACAAGUUUAUGGAAUUUCAUCUUCUCUCCAAAAGAAGAAGGUUAAAAGUUCAAAUACCCGAUUUGGAAAGGUCUGUUGAUAUGAUCAAGAUGUUAUCUAAGAAGAAGGAUUGCACUGAGGAAUUCACAACACAUUUCUUGUUAUCUGAACAAGUUUUCAUGAAAGCCUCUAUAGCUCCCACAAACAAAGUUUGUCUUUGGCUUGGGGCAAAUGUUAUGCUUGAGUAUACUUUGAAUGAUGCCUUAGAGUUGCUCAAUAAGAAUAUUGAUACUGCGAAAAAAAAUUUAAGCUUUGUCGAACACGACCUUGAUUUUUUGAGGGACCAGUUUACAACAACAGAAGUCAAUAUGGCUAGAGUAUAUAACUGGAAUGUAAAAAAAAGGCAAGCAGCUAAAGCAUCAACUUAAAAAAAGAUGUGCAUGAUGCUUUUCGAAACACAUUAAAAGUUUUUAUAUCAAGUCCCCGCUUUGUUUUUAAUUUACAUUAACUGACAUUAUUUUUUAUAUUUAUAUACAUAAUAAAAAUGUAUUUGUUAGCUAAGGUGCUUAUUUAUUAACCAGCUUAUAAAGAAAAAAAAAAUGUCAUGCCUGUAAAUUAAUUUUAAUUAAGUAAUUAAAAAUAAUUUUUUAUGAAGAUAUUUAUUUGUACCUCUUACUAAAUUUAGAUGAUAAAGAAAUUAUACAUAUAUACUAAAGCGAC